GAUUUUUUAAAUAAAGAGGUCUCUGUUCAAUUCUUGCAAAUUUGGACUUCUUGCAAAUUUAGGACGUUAUAUUUGUUAUAAAAUCAGGAAAAACUAAAAAAUAAAUAUGGCAACAUUAGCUCGAUGCACUCGAUCAGUAAUGCGAACACUUCGUAACCAAACACGAUCAUAUGCUGAGGCAUCAGGAAAUGAAAUGAAAUUCACGUUUGCUGGAGCUAAUCAGGUGUAUUAUGAUAAUGCUAAUGUUCGUCAAGUAGAUGUACCGUCUUUCUCUGGUUCAUUUGGUAUUUUACCAAAACAUGUUCCUACAUUAGCUGUUUUAAAACCUGGAGUAGUAACAGUAUAUGAAGAUGCAACUAAUACAAAAAAGGUGUUUGUAUCAUCUGGAACCGUGACCAUCAAUGAAGAUUCCAGUGUUCAGGUUUUGGCUGAAGAGGCUCAUCCGGUAGAAAAUUUAGAUAAUUCUGCAGCCCGAGAAUUAUUAAGCAAAGCUCAACAACAACUCACAUCAGCAUCGUCUGAAAAAGAUAAAGCUGAAGCUGCUAUUGCUGUUGAAGUUGCUGAAGCAUUAGUACAGGCUUCAUCUUGAACCAUUAAAAAUCAUAAUAAGAGCAUAAAUUAAUUGGAAGAUCAUCAUUUGUCUAAAUAUUAGAGAUAGAGAUGUUAGAUAUUAUCUAUUAUAAUAUUUCAUCGUUGUUAUAUCGUGUAAUAAUAAUAACAAUAAUAAUAACGUUCAAAAAUUAA